AAUCACCCCAGGCUCUUGGGACAUAAAAAAAAACGGAAACUUUCUUAAUGAAACCGGAUGCUCAAUAGAUGUAAAGACAACAUCAACAAGCUUUGCUCAGAGCUAGCUCUUUCUUCAGUCUUCAAUUUCAGCAACCAUUUUGUCUUCCUUAAACGAGAUGAAUGAUUCUCCCCUCAUAUCUGUGUGGCUGAAAUUUUAAUUUGCUUCAAAAUUCUCUCUAAUGGAACUUCUUCCAAUUUCUUGUUAGUUGGAGCAGUGGUUGAGGCUUCAUGUACAGUUGCAUUAUCCUCGCCGGGGGUUGUAAGAUCUCUUCAACUUUCAAUGAAGACAUUUGUAAGAGAUGGAAUGUGUUAUAUCCUGUUGCUGAUUCUUUAACAAAAGCAAAGAAAAAGAAGCUAAUGAAUUUGUAUGGUGGAGUAAUUUGUUAUGGAAAAUCUUUUCCUAUGCAAAAUGUGGCUGAAACGCCCCUCCUUCAGAGUAUGUAUAACAUGACAAGUAAUGUACGGUCCUUAUCUAUGAGAGCUUCACCAGUGGAUAAAAUGCGCAUGGUAUGCUAUGCAUCCAAGUCUAGUAACAAUGAGAGACAACUGAGAUUGUUGGAGUCCUAUUUUGCUAAACUCGAAAAUGAAUCAUAUCAGACUUCUGCUGAUUCUUCAAACAAGAAGUCAGAGUUAAAUCAUCAAAGUGGUGAUAUCAAUGCAAAAAACACAUUGGGCUCUCUAGAUUCUUAUCUGGAAAAGCUUAACAAAGAUCCAAACUUCCUGAACAAUGUGUUAUCUACGUCUGAUGACCAAACCACUGAAGACAAUCAAGUUGCAACACCAUUUUCUGGCAGCAAAAGUUCUGAAAUAGGUGUCAAGGGAGAACUGAAAGGUUAUAAGAAGUUCAAAAGCAGAAAUGGUGUAAAUCCUUUAGUGAGGCGGCAAGCUUUACCACAAAAUGACGAAACCUCUGAUUUCUAUUUAGUAAGCACAUUGGCUUCAAUAAAUAUCGCAGUUUAUUUGUUUGAAAUAGCCAGUCCAGUCAGCAACUCUGAGUUUGAGCUCUUUUCUCUUCCAUUGUUGUAUGGUGCAAAGAUCAACGAUCUGAUCCUGGUUGGAGAGUGGUGGAGGCUAGUGACACCCAUGUUUCUGCACUCAGGGCUUUUCCAUGUAGCUCUUGGUUGCUGGGCACUUCUCACUUUUGGGCCUCAAGUUUGUAAAAGUUAUGGUUCUUUUACAUUCUUGUUGAUUUAUGCACUUGGAGGGUUUUCUGGCAACUUAACAAGCUUUCUUCACACCCCAGAGCCAACUGUUGGUGGAACCGGACCGGUUUUUGCCAUAAUUGGAGCUUGGCUCAUUUAUCAAAUGCAAAACAAAGAUGUGAUUGAAAAGUCAGAGAGUAUGUUCCAGAAGGCCAUAAUUGCCACAGCUCUUAGUUUUGUCAUAAGCAAUUUUGGACCAAUUGAUAACUGGACACACUUUGGAGCUGCUUUUACUGGUAUAAUAUACGGCUUUUUCACAUGCCCUGCUCUGCAAGUAGAUGAUGCACCUUCAAGAACAAGUCAGGAAGAAAGAAUUAGAAUUUUUAGGCAAUAUGUGAACCCCUGUAAAUCGCUUGCUGUGUUUGCUGUCUUCAUAAUCGCUUUAAGCUCUUUCCUUUUUGUCAUUGAACCUCCUCUUGAUACGCUAGCACCACCUUAGGUGAUUCUAUAAAUAUUCAUGGAGUUACAUUGGUGUUA